GAAAAUAAUUGUAAAAUGUUUAAACAAAGGUAGAUUGUCUACCGUGGUUUAAACCUACUUUUAAUCUGUUCAAUAAUCAAUAAUAUGUUCAUCUUGUCAGUCAUUACUCAUCAUAUUUUGUUCUUCAAUUUCCCAUAUACCUACUUUCGAUACUUGAUUACGAUUUACGUUUUAAAAUACAAGAUUAUUAAAAUCGUUUUCAUCAGAAUACAUUAAACUUUUAGUUAUCUACCAAAUUGUUCACUCGCAGAAUAUGGAGGCCCAGACUGAAGCUGCAAAAAAGGCAAAAGAGUUCUAUGAAACAUUCAAAAUCGAAGUAGAGAAUCGUAUACUUCAAAAAUUUCCUGAACGAAUAAUACAUUUAAAUGAGUUACUCAAAAUGCCUGAAUUUCAUAUUGCUGCAAAUGACAUAAAAUGUAAAUUAGAAAUCCCUACAAUUUCUAAAAUAGAAAAGAAUGUAAAAAAUUGUGAUGAAAAAAAUGUUGUGAAAAGGCCACGUUUAGAUUCAAAUUCACAUGAUUUGAUUCCAGAACAAACGCACAUACCACACAAUAAAAAUAUCACUGAAGCCCUUAAAAUUCUUAAACCCAAUAUCAAAGAAUUAGCUGAAGAUGUCAAUGAUGUAAAGCUUUGGGUAUCCUUAUUUAUACCAAAAAUUGAAGACGGCAAUAAUUUUGGAGUAGGUGUGCAAGAAGCGAUUAUUCAUGAGGUAGAGCAAGUUAAAUCCAUUAUAGACACAUAUUUAGAACAAGUAUCACUCUAUUAUGAAGUUCGUGGAAAAUUUAUCACCAAGGUUUUCAAAUACCCGUAUAUUGAAGACUACCGGUGUACUGUUGCAGAACUUGACUACAAACAAUACUUUUAUUUGACUCAUACCUUAUGCGAUAUCUGCAAUACUUAUAAAACACUGCAUGAUAUAGUCAUCAAAAACAUUGAAAAAAUAAAGAAGCCUCGGUCAUCAAACACUGACAGUUUAUAUUAAGCGCAGUAAAACCACGGACCACAAAUUAAAAUACAGUAGAAAUCGUUUAUAAUGACACUGGUUGUAAUGUUAUAUUGGGUAUAAUGACCUUAGAUUGAAAGUCCCUGCAAAACUCUUAUAUUGCAUGUACUAAUUUGUAUUGAUUAUUAUGACGUCUGUAUAAUGGCUAUACCAAUGUUAUGACGGUUGUUUUUGGUUAUAUUGGAAAAAUUAAGUCCAUAAAAUACAUUUUGAAGCACUAGAAAGAAAAAUUGUGAUUUUUUUACAGUUUAAUUUAAAAUAAAAUUUUUUUUAACAAAAUGUUGUAAAUUAUUUAAUUCUAAAAUAAUAAUUUAAUUAAUUCAUUUAAAUGAUUUUAUUUUUACUUUUGUCUAUAUGUAUUGAAGUUACAAUUUUUUUUCAUAAUUUUGAUUAUUAUGACCUAUUUUCCUUGGUCCUUUGAACGUCAUUAUAAACAAUUUUUACUGUAUACUGGAUACCCAACGACCUAUACAACCUACACCUAGUGAUUGUUAUCAUAUUAGUGACAACUUUUACAAGAGUUUAAAUUCCACAAAUUAAAUUAAUAAUUACUAGCAAGUAUACAUUAUACUAUAUAACUAUAUUAUAUAUUAAUAUAUUAACAAAUAUAUUUUUGUUUUAUACAACAAUGAGAAUCAUACAGUAUUCAAAAUUGGUGUUUAAAAACACAAAAACAAAAAAAUUAUUCAAAUUAGAAGACAUAAUUAGUAAUUUAAGUUUAUAGUAUUGUAUUUUAAUUAGAGUAGUCUUUCAUGGAAUUUUGUAUAAUUCUAUAAUAAAUUAGUUAUUAUAACUAUAUUAUAAAUAAUGUAAGUAGGUACAUAAAUUUUUUUUAAAUAUUCAUUAAAUAAUAAAAUAUACAUUUCUCUAUUAAUAUUUACUACUAAGUACUUAUCUACUAUAUGCUUUAAAAUAAUCAUUAUAUUAUAAUAUAUAAUUAUAAAUUUAAAUAUCACAUUAUAAUAUAUAUUACAUUAUACUUUAAAAUAUUAAAAUAGUCAAUACAUUACUAUAUUAGUUUAUAUUGAAUUCCUUUGGAGUACUAGUGCACAUUUGCACAAAAAAAUUCACUUUAGGGGCUCGAUUUCAUUUAUCUUUGGGUAUUCUGUUUCCAUAAAUAUAAAUAAUUUCUAUAACAAGGUAAUUCCUCUAUACAGAAACCCUUGAUAAUCAUAUUUAAUAUUUGUAGCUGAUUAUUGAUUCAUUAGAAGAGACAAAUGAUUCUAUAUUGUAACUUCUUGCCUGUCAUGAACUUCAAAAUUAUUUAUAAUUAUUCUGCUGUGUUAUGACUAUUGAGUUUCAAGAAUGGAAAUUGUAUAUUCAUAAUAAAUGAAAACUAUUUUAUUUUAUGAAGAUUAUUGACACUGGCUUAGAAAUGAAUUGAACCUACAGGUCAAGUAUAGUAACCAAAUAACAGACCAACACGAGUAGAUAUUAAAAACAAAAAAAAAAAACACUUUGGCCAAUUAUCUGUUCAGUAGGGUCCUUUAUGCUAUUUUUCAGAGGUCAAAUCUUCCGUAAUGUGAUAUAUUACACAUAUAUCACAUAUAUUAUAUCUACCUGGUUGCAAAUAUUUCGAAAAUUUUUUACAGUUAAUACAAUUAAAAUAUAUUGUUUUUGUGUAAAUAUAACAAUGGUGUGAAUUAUAUUUUAUCUUGAUACUUAAUACCUUUGUUAUUUACAUAUUCAGUGAUAAUAUUUCUAAUGCUAUCAAUAAUUUGAUAUAUUUGACUAUGGCCAAUGGAUAAUAACAAAAAUACAUACGUGUUAUAUAAAAUACUUAUAUAAUUAAUAAUUAGGUUUAAAAAUUUAAUAUUACCUAAUAAUA